UUAGGUCCAAGAUCGUUAGACAUAUAUAUAUAUAUAUAUCACAAACAACUUCCCUUUUAUCUUCUCCAAGCAAGCACCUUUCUUAACGUCUGAGCAAGAAAAAAAACCAGAGAGAGAAAAAAAAUGAUUUCGUUUCUUAAAAAUGUCCUUUCCAAGCCAAGGGUGAUUGUUGGAGUUGGUGUUAGUGUGGGAGUCGUUGGUACAACCUUUGCUCUCGCCCAAAACUGGUCAUCAAGAGCACAAAAAGCGGCAAAGAGGGAGAAAGCAAAUCGUGAGCAGGCUGAGAAAGUGAACAACAAAACCCUUGCCAGAGAAUGGAACAAAGACUUCAACAGGAGACAGCAGGAGAACAAGCACGGCCCCUUUGUGGUGCCGGACAAGAAGAAAAAGAGGACCAAACCGGCGAACUGGGGUCAAAAACCCAAACCCAAACCCAACGAGGAAGCUGAGCCGGUGAAGGAGGAGAAGGCUCCACAAGUGAUUCCGGUGGCGACGAAGGAGAAGGCUCCGUCAGUGGCUGAUACCGUGGUGAAGAAGUCUCCCGCCAAAGAGAACACUCCGCAAGUGAUUCCGGUGGCGACGGAGGAGGAGAAGGCUCCGCCAGUGGCUGAUCCCGUGGAGGAGUCUCCCGCCGAAGAGAACGCUCCGGUGGCGACGAUGGAAGAGAAGGUUCCGGUGGUGAAGAAGGAGGAGGCUGAGGAAGAGGCUCCGGUGGCAACGAAAAAGAAGGAGGUGGAAGAAGAGGCUCCGGCGGUGGCGACGAAGGAGGAAGAGGCUCCGGCAGCGACUUCGACUUCGACGGUGACUUAGGCGGUGAUUCCGGCGGCGACAGACACUCCUACGAUGUGAAGAACACACAACGUACGGUCUUUUUUAUUAAAUAAUUAUUAAUAAGUGAACGAGUAGUAUAAAGUAUAUGUACGUACAAUAUGCCGCGUCUCAUCAGAGACUGUGUCUGGUGGUUUCAUCAUUUCCCUUUUUAACUUAUUAUCUCUC